AUGUCCUACAAGAAGCCUUCUACGAGCUCUACCGGUGGCGAGGAGAACGACCUGGGAAUCAAGAAGCGCCAUGUCCUGGACAAGGAUCGCCAGUCCCAAAAGCGCAUCAUCAUCUGCUGUGAUGGUACCUGGCAAUCUGCAGUCUCAGGAGAGAAUAACGUCCCCUCCAAUAUCACGCGCCUUUGUCGCGCCAUCAACCCCGUUGGAAGUGAUGCCAGCGGAGAAGUUUGGGAGCAAAUUGUCUGGUAUGAUUCCGGAGUGGGCACCACUUCGCUUCCACUCAGUACCACCUAUGAAGGUGCCACAGGACAAGGUCUAGAGGGUAAUGUUAUCGAGGCGUACAACUUUUGCGUGCUCAACUAUACCCCUGGUGAUCAAAUCAUGGUAUUCGGCUUUUCUCGGGGCGCCUACACUGCUCGCACCAUCGCCGGUGUUAUCACCGACAUUGGAAUCUGCAAGAAGACGGAUCUGAACAGAUUCCCUGAUUUGUGGAAGCAGUAUAAGACCUUUAAACACGAGAAGACGAACAAAGGCAAACGAUUUUUCCGCAGCAAGGCUUGGUUCGAGUGGAUGUGGGAGCAGACCGAGACCCAAGGCCGCGUUGUGCGAGACAUGAAGUCUAUCGAAGCCGAUUGGGCCCAGCCCAAUUCGCGGACAGUGGAGGUGGUUGGUGUUUAUGACACGGUUGGUGCUAUAGGUAUGCCGGAAGUGUUUGGGCAAACAGUGCCUAUGAUUGUGAAAAGGGAAAAUGAGUGGCACAAUGUGGGGCUUUCGACGCACAUUAAGCACGCUUUCCAAGCUCUGGCUUUUAAUGAAAGGCGCAAGGCGUUUAAACCCAGUCUGUUUUAUAUUCCUCCCAAGCCGAACAACGCAGGGAAGACACAGGCAGAUGAUAAGGAUGCAGUGGGAGGUGCAAGGAAAGCCUAUAGUGAUCUCAGUGAGAUCACAAAAAGCCCCAGCCCGGCGGAAGUCAAGGACGCCGGCUCAAGAUUGAACGACGCUCUUCGACGUCGCAUGAAUCACGAAAACAAAAUGAAGGACCCGACGAAGCUACUACAAGUUUGGUUCCCAGGUUAUCAUAUCCACAUCGGUGGAGGGUCAUCGGACACUAUGCAGAACAAGGACAACAUGGAGGAGAUGUCUAACAUCGCCUACGCCUGGAUGCUUGAUCAAGUGAAGAAGCACUUGUCUCUGAACGAGGAGCACAUUAUGCAGGAGUACACGGACCGCGAAAAUAACUUUAAACUUCAGAAUCGAAAGUUCAAGGACUGGAAAAAAAAUCCAGAGUCAUGGAAAGAUUGGGCUUGGCGCAGAUCAUCGCAGGUCGUCUCAGCCGUUACCCAUCCUUUGACCCCUGGCCCGGUCCCUCUUUUUACCGAAGAGCGCUUCUAUGACUGGGGAACGGGCAAGAUGGAAGACAGCUAUAGCGAGAUGUACCGAAUUAACGGACAGCAUGUUCGCACUCCAGGUCUAUACGCUUUCAAUGAAAAAGGCGAGUCGCUCGGUGACACUUGCGAGUAUAUCCACCCCGUUGGGCAAUACCGAGCCGAGCAGGCGGGCAAGGCGACGAUCAAUAUUGGGCCUCUCGGGCCUAUUUUCAGUCGCAAGUUGGCACCUCAAGAUAAAAACAAGAAGAAGGAGGAUCAAGAGCCUCGCUACGUGUGGGAUUUGACAUACCCUCCGGACCCAAAGCUUCCAAGUGAUGUCAGACUCAAGGAAUGGCCCCUUGGUGGACCGGACUGCUACGAGCGAAAAGCCAUUAUUGGACCACGAGCACAGAAAUGGGUUAAAAGCCUGGACAACAUGAAAUAG